GCGACACGUCCACCGCCGAUCUACGCCAUUUUACGUGGAAUCGUGAAAACCAUUCGAGUUUCCACACAUCUUUCUUCUCCGCAUUCUGCGUUCCGCCAAUUCCAUCGGUCUCUUUUUACGACAAUCAAAAAGAAAGUGGCAGCCGACAAGUGCUGCCACCUGAGAAAUGCUUCGCGAACCUUCCCAUACAGUUAUCACGGUGCGUCGGUGCGUCCAGUUGAUGUGACACUGGAAUACAGCCAAGUAGUGGAUCACCGGAAUGAUAGUUCCCGCAAAAAUGCAGUAUGCGUCGUCUUGAACAACACACACACAAGCAUUUGAAGGAUGUCCCGGUUCUGCCAUGUUUUCUGUUUCCUCACCUGGAAAUGUAUUACCAAAGGCCCAGUGGGCAGUAAAUAGGAGCGAUAUACUUUGCCAGUGUCACACAAUGAGCGGAGAUUAAAGGAUGUUGUGCACAUUGAGGGCACAACCCGGUCGGGGAUCCCGGGUUUGCCGCAGAGCGUCCAAGACCAUGAAUGCAAGGUCAGUGCGCAAGACCAGAGAUCCAUCCAAGAAGGCCACCAAGAAGACCUCCAAGACGCGUAAAAGACUGCGAUCCAAAAAACAAAAGGCAUCGCUGGCAGGUCUGUGCGAUGUCUUCUCCACCAAGUGCGGUCUCAAGGAAGAGGCCAAAACGCAUCGCGUUGCCAGCUUGAAUGCCAUGGCCAAAGUGCACAUCUUGUACGAGAACGAAGGUCGACCAAUGCCUAGUGAAGAUGUGGAACGAACAAAGGCAGAGAAGCCAAAGCCUGGCAAACGUAAGCGGGAGAUGGUGGACUCUGACGUAGAAAUUAUUGACACAAGACAGUGUCGACGGAUGGCCAGCUUGAAUGCGCAGGCCAUCAUGGCUGCUAGCUACAGCCAGGAAAGGAGCCGAAAGUAUGAGAAAGAAUCUUCGUGCGAACUUAAAGUUGUGCAUCAUCACCAGGAGGAAAUUGUUGUGGUGCAAACAGUGCACAGAAAAAAGUCAGACUCGGAUUCUGAAGGUCGAGACAGACACCGUCCUGCCUCAUCUGCAUCCUCUUCACAGUCUGUGGCCGUCAGUGAGUACAGGGUUCACAUUAACACCACCAAGGAGGUGAAGGAUGAGCAAGAGAAAGAAGCUGCUGCAGUCACGUACCGGUACCGAACUAAAGCAACCUGCCUUCAGAUGCAGACUACCUAUAAUGGUGAUCCCAUUUUGGGGCCACAGAGCUAUUACACCAACUACCCUACACCACCUGCUGCCCUAUUGCCUCCGGCGACGACCACUGGCUACACAGUUGACCGAGUGGUCAGUGUGGCACCUAUGCACUAUGGGAGUGCUUUUACUGUGCCACGCUACCCUGCCCUUCCCUAUGCGCCUGUGGAAUACGUGCCAAACUACUUCCAGCCUGCUGGACCAUUGAUUCAGACAGCAGGACAUGAACAGUGCCUCAUUCAUAAGCCGGUACCGUUCCAUCCUCAACAGCACCUGGGUGCACAGCCACCCCAGUACCCAUGUUUUACAGAGUGUCUGGGACCCAACAGUGGCAACUUUUCUGCCUGCCCCUAUACCUCAUCUCCUACACCUGACUUUCAGAUAAAGAUGACAGCUGCACCAGCUGUGCCAAAGUCUGAGCCGGUCACCCCUCCAGAGACAAAGUCCCCACCUCAGGGGAAUGACUUUUUAGAUGCAUCAAAAGCACUGGAGACAGAAGGCUCUUGUUCACCACCAGAGUCUGCACUCAUGGCUGCCAAGAAGAGGGUUACCAGAGCCAAGGAGAACCGAACGAGUGACAAGAAGCGGGUGGCACAAAAAGAGAGUGAAGAAAGUGGAGAUGUUCAAGGGGAAGAGGUACCUCGAGUAGUACUAAGCAGGAAGCGAAGGAAAUUUGCUCACGGGUGGUCGUGGGAUGGAGAGCCGUUUUCCAAGAUAGUAGUUGUUAAUAAUGAGGACACUCCGCAUGAGCGUGCCUGCUUCCCGGCCAUGCGUCAUGUGGAAGGUGACAUCAUCAGAGUCCGUGACUGUGUUCUUCUGCGUUCUGGAACACGCAAGGUGGAUUUACCCUUUGUUGCCAAGGUGGCUGCACUCUGGGAGAAUGAUGAUGAUGGUGAAAUGAUGAUGAGCCUACUGUGGUAUUACCGACCCGAACACACUGACCAGGGUCGAAAGCCUCACCACAUGGAAGAUGAAAUUUUUGCCUCUAAGCACCGUGACUGUAACAGUGUUGCCUGCAUCGAAGACAAGUGUUAUGUCCUCACUUUUGCUGAGUACUGCAGGUAUAGGGCACGUACAAAAUUGCUGGAAGAAGGUCAAAGACCCCGCACAGCCGUCGUACCCGACCUGGAAGAAGGCUACUCCCGUCGUGACCGUCUUCCCCCAGGGCGCAUGGACCCACAGCUGGUGUUCUUUUGCAGACGGGUCUACGACUUUCGCCAGAGACGCAUACUCAAGAAUCCUUCCUUUGCCAGCAGCAAAUGAUUGUAAUUUAUGUUCUCCUCUGGGAUGGUGCAUUUUUUAAGUGCAACGACUUUUCUACAAAAGUCAACUGUUGAGUUGCUCUCCUAUUGGAAGCUUAAUAUGAUGCUAAAGUGAAGCUCUUCCUCGACCUAUUGAGGUGACUUUCCCUGCAUCACACUGUACAUUUUGCACAAUUCAUAUGUAACAGAGUAAGUAAUUUUGUCCUAUAUUUUUGUUCAUUCAUUGUGUAAAUACUUUGUUCAAGUCUUGGUUGGUAUGAAAGUUUUUGCACACGAACGGUAUAAUAUAUUGCCACAUUUUAUUAUUUAAGUUACGCAGAUGGUAGUCUCUUAUUAUAUUUUCACAUUCACUAUGAUGUGUUUAAACAUUUAUGUAAUGGUUGCAACAUUUCAUUUUGAGGAAAACGUUCUUCAUAUGGGUAGGUGCAGAUUCUUGUUAAAAUGUGGGCAAAAUGUUGCUCAUGUAUGAUUUUUGGCCCCAAAACAGAGUGCCCAUGAGUGAUCUGUGAUAGGCAGUAGUAUUAUACAUAAAAAGAAGGGUCUUUUACACACAAACCAACUGGUGUGAAUGAAAGCCAUCUAAUAAUAUUUGGUAAUAAAAACGGGUCAUCA